AUUGAAGUACCUUGUAUCUGAAAACACAACGAAGAGAAACUUGCUCAAAAUAUAUGUCAAUAAUUUUCGCGGAUAUGCGAUGAUAUGGAUGAAACUUCUAGUGGCAUUGGACAGCCAUGUACUGGCCGAUUGGAGCUCCUCGAAUAUAUGCAGCAAGCAGUGCCGCAUCUAAAGAUCGUAUUAUUCAAACCGAUGAUGAUAUCGACUCGCGGGAACCUACAGAAGGCAGCGGAUCUCUCAUAAAUGCGCCGGAUGAUGAAGCCGAGGAGAAAGUUGAUGAUGAUCAAGGGACAACCUCUGGGUUAUCCACACCCAUAACGCCUAUCACCCCGGGCAUAAAGCCAGUCGAACACGACACUCACAUCCGACCGUGGAACAGCUCGUCCCUCACAGACGCAUCUUAUUUUCCUUCGAGUCGGCCAGAAAAUGAUCCACUGUUGGCACUGAGGAUAUCUCGAAGUGGUCAUCUUUUCGCGGUUAUUACAUCUACCUCCUUGACAAUAUGGCAGACAAAGGUAUGUUUGAUCCGAAACACUACGGGAUUGCGGUUGACGAUUGCUAAUAUACUCUUCUAGCCUACCGCCAUUUUGGCCGUCGUUGUUCGAUCUUCCAAAUCCCUUGCUACAUACGGAUCGAAUGUUUCCCUCCUCCUCCGACCCGACUCUAUGAUAUUCGUCGUUCAGACAACAAACGGUUUCCUUAUAACUUACACUUUAGCCACAGACCCCGAUUCCAGAGUCUUCAAGCCGCAUUUUGACAAUCACACGAAUCGCAGGCAGAGUAAUUUUAGUGGUCACAGAAGCCGGGGAGGUGAUAGGAUCCUUUGGGGUCCAGGCGAGGGAGGUGGUGUAAGGGAUGUGAGCGUAAAGUUUCGGAUGGUCAUUAAAGUUGAUGCUGGUAUCGGCAAUGCUUUAGCAUUGGAUGAUGAAUUGGUCGUCGCGACAAAAAAGCCGGGCGCAGUACAGUGCAUCAGAUGGACUCCAGACAGUACAGGCAACCAAACGAGUACGGAGAUAUUCAGCCGGAUGGAAUGGCUAGCUAAGAAAGCCAGUGUAACGGAAAUGGUUUAUGAUAGACCGAUGAAUCUUUCCACUUGGACUACUAGUGAUGGAAUGGCAUACGCAGUACAGCGUCAGACUCGACACAAGGAUUCGGACGGGCACCGGAAAUUGUUCCGAGGCUAUUGUUUUCAUAUACCUACCAAUGAGGACAGCCAUGCAAUCAAAUCAGCUAUUAACGCUAGAUUCUCCCUUAUUGCUGUUGGCUGUAAUGAUGGCACCAUACAGGUCUACAACGCCAAGGAUUAUGUCGGAAAUGUACCACCUUCGCAUAUUCAUCGUCUGUCGGUUUCCCGACAAUCAUCUGGUCAGUUGACUUGUCUAAGUUAUUCUCCAGACGGAUACAGCCUUUUCGCAGGAUACGAAAAUGGCUGGGCAAUGUGGAGUGUAUUUGGUAAACCAGGAGCAAACAGCUUUGGAUCAGACCGAAGAAUAUGCGAAGAGAAUAACGAGGGCUGGCUUGUUGGUGUCAAAGAAGCCGUUUGGCUUGGUGGUGGGACCGAGAUCCUUCUUAUUAGCCAACAAGACAAUCGGCUAUGGACUUUAGAAAUGGCGCGCAGUGCUAUUACUGGAUGCUAUGCCUCUGCAAAUAUAUCCCGCACAUUACUUCAAACCACCUCGAGUAUUAUGGUUUACCGAGGUUGUGACAUGCCUGAUCUUACUACCAUAUCAGCUGAGUCUUCUUUGUGGCACAAUGCUCAAAUUCCUUCCAGUUACCUGGUGGAUCAAUGGCCCAUCCGUUGUUCAGUUAUAUCGUCCGAUGGUCGAUAUGUUGCGGUGGCAGGCCGGCGUGGUCUUGCACAUUAUAGCGUCAACAGUGGUCGAUGGAAGAGUUUCGUCAACGAAAAUAUGGAGAACGAAUUCCAGGUACGGGGAGGUAUGUGUUGGCAUCAACACAUUCUAGUGGCUGCAGUAGAAGCUGGGGAAUCCUUCGAAUUGCGUUUAUUCUCACGCGAGGCUCCUCUUGACAACACUGCCAUGUUGCAUGUUGAAUACCUUCCAGCACCGGUGGUGCUCAUUGCUCCAUCUGGGGAAGACUCUCUACUUGUCUAUACGUACGACAAUUUACUGUAUCAUUACAUAUUUGCAACGACAAAUGGCGUAGUGAAGCUUGUGCAGGUUGGACAAAUAGCUUUUCAUGGGAUUGUUCGAUCACCAGCUAGAGUGAGAGGUCUAAGUUGGAUUUUGCCAGAUGAACAAAUAAUAGAGGGGGACCCGUCACAAGAUGUGGCUGUCGCGACUGUCCUCUUCUUGGUUGAUGGCAAACUUGUUUUACUGCAGCCAUCACUCAAUGAUGAACGCAAACUUAAAUACGACAUGCGAGUUAUUGCACAAAAUGUCGAAUUCUAUGCUCUUAUGAGGGAUCAACCUUUGGCUAAUCCACCUCGAAAUACCGAAUCUACAGAGGAAUUGGGGGAUCAUGGGCAAGGGAAUGGUUUGCGAGACGCUCUUUGGUUCUUUGAAGGAAAUGAGAUCAAAGUAUGGCCCGAGGUUCAGGAUGUCCUUCGCUCAGCUCCAUCGGAGUUAGGUCGUGAACUUCCGUCGACAGUCUCCAUUCAAAUCGAUUUCUACCCUCUAUCAGUUCUGCUUGGUAAAGGUAUUCUCCUUGGCCUUGAAUCUGAUCUAGUUCAACGUCGCGAUGUGAAUUUUGCCUUUUUCAAAUUCACCAUAAGGGUAUGUAGCAUGGUGACAACAUAAGUAGGAUCUACGUUAACAAAUAAUAUAGACUCAUCUAUUUAUCCCACAAGUUCUACGUUUCCACUUAUCUCGAUUCGAUUCUCCAGCAGCUUUACAUCUAGCUCAUCAGUAUCAAAAACUUGAAUACUUUGCACACUCACUCGAAAUUCUAUUACAUAAUGUUCUCGACGAGGAAGUAGAUACGCCGCCGUCACCUGAGGCAGCUUUAUUACCAGGCGUGUUAUCGUUUUUAUCCUCGUUUCCUCAAUACCUGGAUAUCGUUGUUCAAUGUACUCGUAAAACGGAAGUGAGGUCAUGGCGGACGCUAUUCACAUAUCUACCACCACCACAAGAGCUAUUUGAAGAAUCAUUAGAAAGAGGAUCCUUGAAGACAGCAGGUGGAUACUUGCUUAUCCUUCAUACUUUUGAAGAAUUAAGUUCAAGCUCAGAACAACUCGUUCGUUUGCUUUCUCGUGCCAAAGACGAAGAGGAUUGGGAAUUGUGUAAAGAGCUCGCACGAUUCCUAACAGCUCUUGAUGAAACUGGCGCUACAUUAAUGGAGGCAUUGGAGAUGGUCAGCCUCAGAAGUCCUAAAGAUGACCGUGAAGCCACGAGUUUUAUGUUUGAAGGUACAAAAUUAAAGGUGCCUCGCCUAAUCAAAGAAGCUGAUGUUAAUGGAAAUGAUGGUUAUGGAGAUUCCAGUUCGGGAAUGUCUCAGGGAAGCAGUGAGCCGGACUAUUUUUCCACCCGCCACUAGGUCAUUAGAGAGUAAGUUUUGGUGAUUGGCAUUUCAAAGGUGUUUGGAAGGCGUUUAGGCAAGGCUCUUACUUGAAUAAAACGACGAGUGCCAUGGUUUGCAGGAAUUAUGGCUUCAGGCGGUUGAGUACUUCAGAAUAUCGCAGCAAUAUUAUACCUAGUAAUUACAGACAAGCCCAUCCGAU